CAGGAAGGUGCUGCUGGCAGGAUCUGGCCUUGAGGUUAUGGUGUGUGUGGCCCCACUGGUGGGCUGCUCACAGGAGCUCAGUACACCACCUAAAGUUUGCACACCCCCUGUGCUUGUAACUCCCUCCUAGUGUUGGUGGCAUGAUUCACAACCAAUGUGGGGUGUUUGUGUGUGCACUGUAUGUGGCUCUUUCAUUAUAUAGCCAGGACCCAGCCUGUCCUGGACAUAGGUUAGGAGGUGUCAGGGAGCCAUGGCUGAGGAUGAGGUGGUGCUGCCUCUUUAAGGGUGGUGACAUCACAAGGCCACGGAAGGUUGUGGAACUCUGGUCUUGGCUGUUUCUGUUGGCUGUGGGCUCUGAAUUUCCACCUCCAUGGGGCUGCAGGCCUGCCUAUGAGUACCGAAGGCUGGUCAUGGCUGAAGGCAGUGAGCUGAUGAACAGGCUCAUGAGUGAGAAUGCAGACCUGAAGAAACAGGUGCGCCUCUUGAAGGAGAACCAGAUGCUGAAGCGACUACUCAGUGAGAGCUGCCAGGAUGGUGGCCGUGGGGCCCGUGAUCUCCUCUUCCCCAAGACACCCCCCUACCCUGAGGCCUGCUCCCCAGGGAGUGGAGGUCUGGAUUUUGGGAGGUUUGCCAGCGUCCCUGAUGCAGCCUCCCAGCUGCCGACAUCUUCGUUGGAGGACCUGCUGUGUUCACAUGCCCCCCUCUCCAGUGAGGAUGAUGCUUCCCUGGGCUGUGUGUCCUCCUCCCAGAUGCCCUUCAAGUCCUUCCUCAGCCCCCCUGAGCUGCGCACUCGAGGUGACAGGAAGUUGUCCCCACUCCUGAGCCCCUUGCAGGACCCACUGGCAGACAAGGCACUGCUGGAGCCUAGGGAGAUGCUGCGGCCCAAGAAAGUGUGCUUCUCAGAGGGCAGCCCACCGGCGGGGGACAGGACCAGGAGGAGCUACUAUCUCAACGAGAUUCAGAGCUUUGCAAGUGCAGAGAAAGACAGCCGAAUCGUUGGGGAGAUUGCUUUCCAGCUGGACCGGCGCAUUCUGGCCUAUGUAUUCCCAGGCGUGACGCGGCUUUAUGGCUUCACUGUGUCCAACAUCCCCGAGAAAAUCAAGCAGACUUCCAUCAAGUCCUUAGAUGGCUCGGUGGAUGAGAAAAAGCUGCGUGAACUGACCCACCGCUACCUUACCCUGACGGCACGGCUGGAGAAGCUGGGCUACAGCCGAGAGGUGCACCCGGUAUUCAGUGAGUUCCUAAUCAACACCUACGGCAUCCUCAAGCAGCGGCCCGACUUGCGCGCCAACCCACUGCACAGCAGCCCAGCUGCGCUGCGUAAGCUGGUCAUUGACAUUGUGCCACCCAAGUUCCUGGGCGACUCCCUGCUGCUGCUGAACUGUCUAUGCGAGCUUGCCAAGGAGGACAGCAAGCCACUUUUUGCCUGGUGAGCUGAGGCCUCGCCCUUCCUGCAAUAAACAUGUUUGUUCCAAACCGGGGGCCACCGUGCCUCCUGCGUGUCCCUCCCGGGGAGGCUGAGCUGCCAUGCAGUGGUGGCAGUGGGAGAGCCCCCUGUGGCCUGAGCUCGCCCUGAGCACGCCCUGAGCACAGCAGCCCGCUGCCUGAGCUGGGGACCAUGGCCUCAUUAAAGCAUGUUUAUCUGUC